AUGUUCAACGAGAACUUCUCCUUUGCCACAUCCCCGUACUCGCCCACACCCAGCGAUAGUGUCGACGAUGGCACAUCCGCAGACAUCUCCCCGACCACGUCUCGAUGCCCAUCACCAAAGUCCAGGUCACCAGCCGCAUGUCGCGAUACUCGAUUCGAUGCCUACCGACAGGCAAGUAGCAGCCGGCAUCCGUCAAUCACGGCCUUGACAGAGCAGUUACAAUCGCAAGCCCUCCACGAUAUCGAGAUGCCAUCCCCCUCACUCUCGCCGAGCGAGGCUGCUUCCCCGGCCGCAUCAACACCGGACACCGAAGCCGACGAGGGUUUCUACGACGGCCCAGAUACUCCUGCAACCACCUUCUCUGAUUUCUUUGAACCUACCGAACUCGACCCUACAUUGUGGGAUCUCAGCAUGUCUGACACCAUCGUUCCAACGUCGUCACCCCGACCCUCACUAUCUCUUGAGGCACAGGCGUUGUCUUCAUACACUAUGCGUCGGAGACAGCGGCAGGCAUUGAUCAGAUUACAAUGUAUGGUUUCUCGGGCUCCUGACCUAGCCAUGCUUAUUGAAGAAUGCCAUCCAAGUUCUCUGCCACUUGGGCCGGAUACUGAGCCCGUCCAUCGUGGCGGUCCGGCGGCCGCCGAGGAUGAGAAAGAGGACAAGAUGAAGAACUCCGGUGAAUCAUGGCAGAAAUGA